AUGGCCGAUUACCUUCUCCACGAGAGCCCUAUUGGCUACUCGCUUUUCAAGGUUGCCAUUAAGGGCGAGACUGUCGGCAACAGCCUGAAAGAAGUUCAGGAGGGUGUCAAUGAUCUUGCCAGGUUCGGAAAGAUGGUUGAUCUCGCCAGUUUCAUUCCCUUUGAAACCAACAAGCAGGCUCUUGGUGAAAUCAACGAUGUCUCUGAGGGUGUUGCAUCCGAGACUCUGAUUUCUUUCCUCGAAUUGAAUCUCCCCAAGCCGAGCAAGAAGAAGAAGGUUGUGCUGGGUCUUGCCGACAAGGGUCUUGCUGGAAGCAUCAAAUCUGCCUUCGAUUUCGUGGAAUGCGAAACCGGUGACACCAGCGAAGUUGUGCAGGAUCUUCUCCGUGGUAUUCGUCUCCACUUCACCAAGCUGGUGAAGGAGCUCCGUGAUGGUGACAUUGACACCGCCCAGCUUGGUCUUGGUCACGCUUACUCUCGCGCUAAGGUAAAGUUCUCCGUCCAGCGUGACGACAACCACAUCAUCCAGGCUAUUGCCAUCCUUGAUCAGCUCGACAAGGCCAUCAACACCUUUGCUAUGCGUGUUCGCGAGUGGUACUCAUGGCACUUCCCCGAGCUCAUCAAGAUCGUGUCUGACAACCAGCGCUACGCUGAGGUUGCCCUUUUCGUCCAGGACAAGAAGAACCUGAACGACGAAAAGUUGCAUGACAUUGCCGCUCUUGUUGAGGAUGACAAGGGUGUCGCUCAGAACAUCAUUGAUGCCGCUAAGCACAGUAUGGGUCAGGACAUCUCUGAGGCUGACAUGGAGAACGUUACUGCUUUCGCCGCGCGCGUUGUCAGCCUUGCCAAGUACCGCAAAUCUCUCUACCAGUACCUCGUCUCUAAGAUGAGUGUCGUUGCCCCUAACCUGGCUGCUCUGAUUGGAGAGGUUGUUGGUGCUCGUCUGAUCUCCCACGCCGGUAGCUUGACCAACCUGUCCAAGUACCCCGCCUCCACUGUUCAGAUUCUCGGUGCUGAAAAGGCUCUUUUCCGUGCCCUGAAGACCAAGGGUAACACCCCCAAGUACGGUCUGCUGUACCACUCUUCUUUCAUCGGUCGCGCCGGUCCCAAGAACAAGGGUCGCAUCUCCCGUUUCCUUGCCAACAAGUGCUCCAUCGCUUCCCGUAUCGACAACUUCUCUGAGGAGCCCACCACCAAGUUCGGUGAGGCGCUUAAGCAGCAGGUUGAGGAGCGUCUAGACUUCUACGCCACUGGUGCCGCCCCUACCAAGAACGAGGUUGCUAUGAAAUCCGCCAUGGAUGCCGUCCUUGCCGGUAUGGACGACGUUGACGUCAGCGACGCCGAAAUGGAGGAUGCCACCCCCAAGAAGGAGAAGAAAGAGAAGAAGGAGAAGAAGGAGAAGAGCGACAAGAGCGACAAGAAGAAGAAGCGCAAGUCCGAUGUGGGCGAGGGCGAGUCCGAGAAGAAGAAGAAGCGUAAGCAUGACACCGAUGCUGAGCCUUCAAAGAAGAAGCAGAAGGCAUAA